AUGACGACGGGAUGGGCAAAGACGAAGUUUACGAGGAGGAGCAAGCGACAAGCACUACGACUAGAGGCGUUCUUCCACAAGGGCGAAUCGUGGCGCCGGAUGCUGGUGCAGCAGCCGGCGUGCGAGAAGCUCGGCUUCAUCCAGCAGACGGGGGGCUCUGGCGACCAGCAGAGCUUUGCGAGCGCGUUGCAGCAGUUCCCCAUCUGCGACGCUUCGGCCGACGCCGGAGAGGUCCGCAUGGGUAGCCACUACGACCUGGUGUACCGGUGUCAUGGGCCAUGCCUCAGCGGCCAAAGAAUGCGUCAGCUACUGCGUUCUGUGGCGCCUCUACGGCGCCGACCCGCCGCUGAGCGAGUGGUACAGCAACUGCGGUGGGUACGAGUUAUACCUGCACAAUGGCUUUACGCAUGA